CCAAAACCGUUCCAUUUCAUUUUCAUCUCUAAGAUUUCUCGUGACUCAUACUCACCGCCUUGCUUGCUUUCUUCUUAGCUGAACCGCGUUCUCUGUUUUUCUUUUCGUUAAAAGAAAGCCUUCUAGCUCUUGCAUACGUAUUCGUAUACGUAUUUCGUAUAGAAUACACGUAUCUGGAGAAACUUCCGGUUCCGGUUGGAGUUGUGGCGGUGAUUGGAAGCUGAGGAUAUUCGUUUGGUGUUUUCGCAUCGUUUUCUGAGCGAAAAAGAAAAAAAAAAAAGAAAGGAAAGAGAUGGGAGGAGGAGAUGAAGAAGAAAUUAGAGGAAAUAAGAAGAUUACUGUUGGAGUUUGCGUCAUGGAAAAGAAGGUGAAAUGCGGAAGCGAGGUUUUUUCUGCUCCAAUGGGACAGAUUCUGGACAGGCUUAAGGCUUUUGGCGAAUUUGAGGUUAUAUAUUUUGGCGAUAAAGUUAUUCUUGAAGAACCAAUAGAAAGCUGGCCAAUCUGUGAUUGUUUGAUUGCAUUCUACUCCUCUGGGUACCCCCUUGAGAAAGCUGAAGCAUAUGCUGCUUUAAGGAAACCAUUUCUUGUGAAUGAGUUGGACCCACAACACCUUCUCCAUGAUCGACGGAAGGUUUAUGAGCGACUAGAAGAAUUUGGAAUUCCUGUUCCUAGAUAUGCCCUUGUAAAUAGAGAAGAACCAUACCAAGACCUGGAUUAUUUUAUUGAAGAAGAAGAUUAUGUUGAGGUCCAUGGAAAUCGUUUUUGGAAGCCGUUUGUGGAGAAGCCUGUUGAUGGGGAUAAUCAUAGUAUAAUGAUAUAUUACCCAAGCUCAGCAGGUGGAGGCAUGAAGAAAUUGUUUAGGAAGGUUGGGAACAGAUCAAGUGAGUUCCAUCCUGAAGUUAGAAGAGUAAGACGUGAAGGUUCUUACAUAUAUGAGGAGUUUAUGCCGACCGGAGGAACAGAUGUCAAGGUCUAUACGGUUGGCCCUGAAUAUGCUCAUGCGGAGGCUAGGAAAUCUCCUGUUGUUGAUGGUGUUGUUAUGAGAAACACUGAUGGCAAAGAAGUCAGGUAUCCUGUGCUGCUGACACCUAAUGAGAAGCAAAUGGCAAGGGAUGUCUGCAUUGCAUUUAGGCAAGCGGUUUGUGGGUUUGAUCUUUUGCGUUCUGAUGGGUGUUCAUAUGUUUGUGAUGUGAAUGGAUGGAGUUUUGUUAAAAAUUCUCACAAGUACUACGAUGAUGCUGCUUGUGUUCUAAGGAAAAUGUUCUUAGAUGCAAAAGCGCCUCAUCUUUCCUCAGCAAUACCACCAACUUUACCAUGGAAGGUAAACGAACCAGUGCAGCCUUCUGAAGGACUUACUCGUCAAGGAAGUGGAAUCAUUGGCACAUUCGGGCAGUCUGAGGAGCUACGCUGUGUUAUAGUUGUUAUUCGCCAUGGUGAUAGAACUCCCAAGCAGAAGGUGAAAUUGAAGGUUACUGAGGAAAAAUUGCUAAACCUGAUGCUAAAGUACAAUGGGGGAAGACCCAGAUCUGAGACAAAACUUAAGAGUGCUGUUCAAUUGCAAGAUUUGUUGGAUGCUACAAGAAUGCUUGUACCCCGUUACAGACCAGGUCGUGGCAGUGACAGUGAAGCAGAAGAUAUUGAGCAUGCUGAAAAGCUUCGUCAAGUUAAGGCAGUACUUGAGGAGGGAGGGCAUUUUUCUGGUAUUUAUAGAAAGGUUCAGUUAAAGCCUCUUAAGUGGGUUAAAGUUCCAAAAAGUAAUGGUGAAGGUGAAGAAGAACGGCCUGUUGAAGCACUAAUGGUUCUUAAAUAUGGGGGUGUCCUUACACAUGCUGGGAGGAAGCAGGCAGAAGAACUGGGUAGAUAUUUCCGAAAUAACAUGUAUCCAGGUGAAGGUACCGGCCUGCUUCGCCUUCAUAGUACAUAUCGUCAUGAUCUAAAAAUUUACAGUUCUGAUGAGGGCCGUGUGCAGAUGUCUGCUGCUGCUUUCGCUAAAGGCCUGCUUGACCUUGAAGGGCAACUAACACCAAUCCUGGUCUCCCUUGUUAGCAAGGACUCCUCAAUGUUGGACGGACUUGACAAUGCCAGCAUUGAGAUGGAAGAAGCCAAGGCUAGGCUGAAUGAAAUUAUAACAUCUGGUGCAAGGAAAAUUCAUAGUAACGGAACAUCUAAAUGUCCUUGGAUGACUGAUGGAGCUGGAUUGCCUUCUAAUGCUUCUGAACUGCUUCCGAAACUGGUAACCUUGACUAAGAAGGUUACUGAACAAGUGAGACUACUUGCCAAGGAUGAAGACGAGACUCUUACAGAAGCAAGCCCAUACGAUGUGAUUCCUCCAUACGAUCAAGCAAAAGCUCUUGGUAAGACAAAUAUUGACAUCGAUCGUAUUGCUGCUGGAUUGCCUUGUGGUAGUGAGGGAUUCCUGUUGAUGUAUGCUCGGUGGAGAAAACUUGAAAGAGAUUUGUAUAAUGAACGUAAAGAACGCUUUGAUAUAACUCAAAUUCCUGAUGUUUAUGACUCUUGCAAAUAUGAUCUUCUGCACAAUGCUCAUCUUAAUCUGAAAGGUCUGGAUGAGCUCUUUAAAGUUGCCCAGCUUCUUGCAGAUGGUGUCAUCCCUAAUGAAUAUGGCAUUAAUCCGAAGCAAAAACUAAAAAUUGGUUCAAAGAUUGCGCGCCGUUUGUUGGGUAAAGUUUUGAUCGAUCUGAGGAAUACUCGUGAGGAAGCCCUUAAUGUUGCUGAGUUAAAAAGUAACCAAGACAAGUGCUCAAAAUCAACUAAGAAUGGGAAGGAUGAUAAAGAUUCUGCACCAAAGUUUUUCAUCAAUGGGGAUGACACAAGGCGAUCUAGCACCACAAGUGAAAUUUCAAUGGAUCAAGAAGAUGACGAUGAUAAAGAAACCAAAUACCGUUUGGACCCAAAGUCGUAUAUAAAAUCUUUGACUCAUGCAUUAUUCCCUGUAUUUUACUUUAUCAUCUUAUAUUUGACUCUUUGUCCAUUCAGGUAUGCAAAUGUCAGGACACCUGAGCGGCAUGUGAGAACACGCCUUUACUUCACAUCAGAAUCCCAUAUCCAUUCCCUCAUGAACGUGCUUCGUUACUGUAACCUGGAUGAAUCUCUUCAGGGAGAAGAUAGUCUUAUUUGCCAGACUGCCUUGAAACGUUUGUAUAAAACCAAGGAGCUUGACUACAUGAGUUACAUUGUGAUAAGGAUGUUUGAGAAUACAGAGGUAGCGUUAGAAGACCCAAAAAGGUUCCGCAUCGAGUUGACAUUUAGCCGUGGUGCAGAUUUAUCCCCAUUGGAGAUGAAUGACAGCAAGGCUGCUUCACUUCACCAAGAGCAUACAUUGCCGAUAAUGGGUCCAGAAAGACUGCAAGAACUGGGAUCCUAUCUGACAUUAGAGAAAAUGGAAAAGAUGAUUCGUCCGUUUGCAAUGCCGGCGGAAGACUUCCCUCCUCCAGCAACUCCUGCCGGAUUUUCGGGUUACUUUUCCAAAAGUGCGGGGGUGCUUGAGCGUCUGGUAAAUCUAUGGCCUUUCCAUAAGAAUGCUGCUCAUACCAAUGGAAAAUAACAAAUUCGUGCUUCAUUUUCCCUUUUGUUUUUGUUGUGCUAAUGAUGCAUCUCACUUUUUUGUUUCUACUUCUGCUCAAUAUAACAACCAAGAAAUGUUUGACUAAAACAGUUUGCUCCUGACGACUUUCAACAACUGAGUUUUGUUGGAAGAUUUAAAAUUGUAUAAAAUUUCCCUCUGGUUAAAGCAAUUUUGAAAAGAAAA